GUGAAAACAUGGCAGCGUCCAAAGAAUUUCAACUUUAACGUGCUAGCCUCACUCAGAAUUACAAGCUUCGUUUAUAGUCUACGGUCGGAAUUUGGUAAUGUUUGUCUGCUCCUUCGAUCUAGAUACAAAUGGGGCUUUGUCAGUCUAAUUGUUUAUGGAUUUGUAGCGCGAUAUAUCCGUCGCUGGUAUAUGCUGUUUAGCUAGCUUAGCUAGCUAACUUAGCUACUAUGACUAUGUGCAAACGGAUGCCUUGCUUUUUGAAAGUAAUAGUGAUGGAAUUUAUACUUUGAACUAAUGUGAGCGAGAGUACAGUUUGUUUUCUUUUUACACAGUUCCCUAGAUAACCUAGCUGCCUAAGUAGAUAUUCUCCGCGCUAGCAUGCUGUACAUAACAAGCUAGCAAGCUAGCUAAAUAACGUUAGGUGUGUUCUUGUGAUCUAACGACGUUACAAGCAAGCUAGAUACGUAGCUAGUUUAAUAUGCAGUGUAUUAUUAAACUGCAUUGUAAUACGCUAAAGAGACUGGUAGCAGCAGUACAUUUUAGAAAGCUCUAUGAAACACUGAUAGACGACUACAUUGGAUAAUGUCGAACUGUAAGUACCUAUAGCUUGUGAUAUAGUACCACUGAAAUACAACGUUAUAUCUAGGUAACGUUAGCUAAUAUAGCUAACGGCGUACGAUGGGAAUGUAGCAAGCUACAUGACACUUAUAAAUUAGCCAUUUUGUAAUGUUCGAUUAGAUAGUGUCAGGUUGUUAAAUUUGCAAAAAAGGCGUAUAUAACUGUAGUGGUCUAGCUAACGUUAUUCCCAGGUCGUUGCACCGAGUCGACAUUCCUGAACUGGCAGAACAUGGGCCUGAUAUAUAUUGUAUUCUGCGCCUUUGGGAAAUUAUUGGACGUCUUAUGUUUCGUGCUGGAUUUGAACUUUUGGGUCGUAAACUCAGUGAUACGGCUGUUGACCGGUGUAAUCUCCUUCCUGCACAACCUGCCCUCGCUGCUGUCCAGCUCCGCCAUGGAGUGCUGGAACCUCGCGUUGGUGUGCAUCCUCACGGCCGCGGAGGGGUUUGCGAGCGCUGCGCAGGGCUCGUUUCAUGCGCUGGGAAGCGGACUGCAGGCUCUGAGUGGCGUGUCUGAGAGCUUCAAGAUGGCAGGCCACCUGUCCUCUCACGUGCUACUGCGCACCAAGGAGCUAGUGCAUCGCGGACUGCUGUCUGGGCACUCGGUGCUUCGCCAGGCCUUCGAGGGCUGCGGCAUCGCGCUCAGCCUGGCUAUCUACUUCGUCAACACUGUCGUCAACAUGCUGCUCAUCGGCACGCAGAACUGCCUUACAGCGGUGGCCAGCGUGUGGGACGUGGUGUCCGGGCCGCUGCAGAAGGCACUGGAGCUGGCCCUCACCAUCCUCACCUUCAUGUACAGCAGCCUGGUGGCCGUGUCCGUCCUGCUCUGGGCCCCUUUCAAGCAGGCCCUGGAGUUCCUGGGCUCGCUCGGCCACAUCUUCGUCACGGUCUUCCUGCUCAACGUGUACGGCCUGGUGCUGACUCUGGCGGUGGUCCUCGCCGUCACCGCGGUCUACGUGAACCCGCAGCUGCCCCGGCGGGCGGCGCAGGGCGCCCUGCGCUACGUGGGCACCGUGCCCGCCCUGCACCGCCUGCAGAGGGCGCUGUACCGCCUGUACCUGCUGGCCCUGGAGCGCGCGCAGACCGUGCUGGAGAGGGGCGUGUGGCAGCGAGCGCCGACGCAGGGCAGCCAGACGGGACGCGGCGGGAGGGAAGGGGGCGGCGAUCGCUCCGAGGGCGACCCGUCGAGGCAGAGGCCCCCGGGCAGCCCGGCUUUUCGCGCCCGGCGCGCCCCGGACGAGGGCGACGUGGCCCCGGCCCGCCAGGCCCCGCAGGGCGGCCGGCGGCCGGACGGCGACGCCCAGGACCCGGGCCUGCUGUGCUCGAGCGCGGACCGGCCCCUGCAGAGGCAGCCGCACGCCCCCGCCGACAGCCUGCUCACCCUGCUGAAGGAGCACGAGGAGCGCAAGAAGUGCGUGAUCUGCCAGGACUGCGUGAAGCACGUCCUGCUGCUGCCCUGCCGUCACCUGUGCCUGUGCCGCGACUGCGCCGACAUCCUCCUGCGGCAGCCCCCCCACCAGCACAGCUGCCCCCUGUGCCGGCAGCCCAUCGGGCACACCAUGGACGUCUACCUCUGAGCCCCCGAGGAGCCCCCCCCGGGGAAGGCCGGUCUCAGGGUCGCAGGGCGUCCGUCGUCACCGGUGGGCGACCGGGAUCGGGGGGUGGAUUUUAGAGCGAGUGAUGAUUUCCCCACAUCCCGCUCCGCCAGGGCUGUUACCGAGCGGAUUUCCCCCCCCCCUCCCCCCCCGCUACGCCGUCGCCCACCUUGGUCAGAGUUCCCUCGGUGUGAGGCUCGGAUCGACCCCCAGGACGAGCUUUAUACGCAGCUCUGGUGUAAGUGUGUGCUGUGUGGAGAUUGCGGCCGUCGCUAUCGGCCCGUCGCGGGAGAACUUGAGUUGUCACCGUUUUUCCCCCCCCUGCCUCUCCCUCACACCGGUGCCCGUGUGACUGGCACAGCCCGAGGCGUGUGCUUGUUAGUUUAAGACCCAAACACGGCACGAGCUGCUUGCUUGGCGGAGUGGCCGCAGUGCUGCUGCUUGCUUCAUGCCGUGCUGUGUUUCCAUCGCGCUUGUGGUGAAGCUCAUCUCAAGGUUUUGUACAUUGACCAAAGCAUUGAUUACAGCACUCAUUAGUAUUAAUUACAACACUCAUUAGCACACAUUCAAAUUAUUAUUUUUCCAACUUUGGAGCACAUUUUUUUUUUUUGAAAAGUUGCCUGAGAAGAGCUUUAUGCAACACAUCUGCCACAAUGGAGCAUCUGACUAUUCAGGCUUAUUUAUGUUUGAUAGACAAAACAGCGAGAGCUUGGCUGUGCCUCUUGCUAUGUGUGUGUGCGAUUUAGCGAGGAUGAUAUCCGGUGAGGACAUGGACUGGGAUCAGGGUGAUCCAUAGACCCACAGAGAGGGGCUUUUUCAGUGUUAACUGAGCACCUGCUUCCAUAUCCCAGUGAAACAGUUGUUUACUGAUGAAAGGGAAGGUGCAUUUUUUGUAAGAUCUAAAAUAUGCAGCCUCCCAAUAUAAAAUGUAUCCCAAGUUAUUUUUCCUGCCACUACAAAAUGUUAUUUUCUGUGACUGAGGCUGAACUUAAAUUAUUUCUCAGCUCUCAUUGCAACAUUCCAAGCAGCCUGUAAACUUGACCUAAUAGCCCAUUUUUGGAUAUAAUGUUGUUUCUUUCAGUGGUUCAAUUUUAGGUUUGCUCUUGAACAGCAUAAAGGACCAACAAGAAAUCCAGCAUUGGAUUUUUCCCAGAUUUUGGGACCAGUGCCCUCAAUGUCCAUCAUUAUUGGGCCAACCAAGCCAGAUUUACAUGGCUGCUGAGUCAGUAUUCCUUUAACCAUGUUUCUGUUGUUUUCUGUAGCUUUUGAGUUGUGUGAUGGAAAGGUGAAUCACACUCAAGAGUGAAUGAUUAUUUCCAUGCUAAUGCUAUGGGGCGUGUUUAGUUCUGUUAACGUUUGUUAAUGUACUUUAAGGAGGCUUGUCUUUAGAUUACAAAGUUAAAACUUGAACUAGCUGCAUUAGAGACGUGGCACUUAGACCUUACUAAAUUAAGUCUAGUUGUCUGAUAAUGACAGUCUGAUAAGUCUUGAAGAAAACACGUGAUGUUAUAACUCUACUGUAGUUUAACUUUCCUGGUUUUGGCCCAGUUUUGAGCUGCAAGUUUUGAGCAAAUCUGUUUAUCUGUGUCAGCUCUGAGCUGGAUUAUGCAGGAUCACCAGUUGUGUUUGAGACCUGGUUAAAUAUAAUGCAUUUAUGCCUCCAUUUCGCCUGAUGAGAUUUGGCACUUAUCCCCAAACUUGGUCUUUGGCACAUUGGGUUUUUCCUGCUUCUUACUACUCACUGGGAAGUCGUCUUGUUCUUUACCUUGUUGUGAAUCCUGAUGGUAAACUGACUGCUCUCUCUUUAAAAACAUUAAGCUUGCAGGUGCUUAAAUAUGUGCUUUGUUUUCUGGAAGAAUGUGGAGCCAAUGAACCUUUAUAUUUUGAACAUUAUAUUUUGCGUUUUUCGUUUCUUCAUUUUCAUUUUACAUGUCAGUUUUGCCUAAUCCUGUUUGUUCCUUUGUUUUCUGUGGCAAACCAAAGAGUUGUCUUAUGUUUCAGUAGAUGUUUUGUCAAAUUUGUUACGUGUCCAGUUGCAUAGACACAAAGCAUUUCAGCUUCUUUUAUUUUUAUUUUAUUUUUAUUUAUUUUUUGUAAUUUUUUUGAGGAGCGGAGUAGACAAGUGUCAGUUGUUGCUGUUGAUACUGUUGUACUUUUCAAGUGGUGGACUGGAAUUUUGCUUGGUCCAAUAAAAGAAAUAAUGGCUUAUUGGGACUCGUGGGUGCCACUAAUGUCACUUUAAUUUACCAGGCUCAGUAUUAAAUUGAUAGAUAACCUCUCUUGUCUAUCCAUUGUUACAUAUUGGAGAGCAGUGCUUAUUUGUCUGGGAAGCAUUGAUUCUUCAAAUGAAUGUCACAGUUAGUUUAUGCUGAUGUUCCAGAUUCUUGCAAUUUCCUUUAAUAACCGUGAAACAUUCCAAUAGUUUCAUAUACACCGUAUUGCUGGCUUUUUACAUGAUUUCUUAGACACUACCAGAGAUACCAGAGUGUAUAUUGCCAACUAAGAUCAUUCUAUUGCCCUUUGCAUUGUAGUUUAUUGCUGCCUUCAUUAUACUGAACUGUUGCAGACUGUAGGCAGUGAAGAAUUUCAUGUAUGUUUUAAUCCCCACCGUGGGUUUAGAAUGUGACAGACUAAUUUGCAAACCGUGCAAUAAAUGUACUGGCUUCAAA